AUGUCUGUCCUCUGCAAGCUGGGAGGAGCUCUGUUCUGCAUCUGCAAGGGCGCCGACAGCGUGGUGGGUUCGCUCUGCGGGCAGACGUUCGACGGCCACUCCGCGGGUCACCUUUCCACGUAUUCGAAGCUCGGGUUUCGCACGCUUGCCUUUGCUUCCAGACCGGUGUCGCAGGCGGAGUUCGAGGAGUGGCAGACGAAGCUGUCAGGGGCACUCAUGGACAAGCAGGAUAAGGAGCGUGCCAUGGCCAGAGUCGCAGCGGAUAUGGAACACUCCUUGACGCUUUGUGGAAUUACCGCCAUUGAGGACAAGCUCCAGGAUGGGGUCCCCAAUGCCAUCGUCAGCCUGAAGGCUGCUGGUAUCCGCUUCUGGGUGCUCACCGGCGACAAGACCGAGACAGCUGUUGAGAUCGCUCGCGCGUGCCGCUUGUUCACUGAGUGCACACGGCUGGCGUUCCUGAUCAACGUGGAGAGCGUGGAGCAGGCCAAAGAGCAGCUGGAGGCUGCGACCAAGUCCCUGCGCGAUGCCGCAGAGGGGGGCCUCGUCCUCGACGGCACUUUCGUGAGCUUCGCCGCCGAGAGCGGCGAACUGCAGCGUCAGCUUUACCAGCUGGCCAUGUCCACCAGCUCCUGCGUCGCAUGCCGGCUCUCGCCCUCGCAGAAGCGAAGGCUGGUAGAGCUCGUGCGGCAGUACAAUGCGAGCGGAGUCACCCUGGCGAUCGGCGACGGAGCGAACGACGUUUCCAUGAUACAGGGCGCUCACGUGGGCGUGGGGAUCCGGGGCAAGGAGGGCAACGCGGCGGUUCUCGCCAGCGACGUGGUCAUCUCGAAGUUCCGGUUCCUGGUCCCCCUGCUCUUCUGCCACGGCCGGCGGGCCUAUCGGAGGAUGGCCGCCUUCCUGGGUCGGAAUAUUGUACAUGCUUUACAAGCAUAUCGCCAUCGCUACUGGUGA